GGUUGAUCUUUCAUCUCUUACUAUAUAAAUGUUCAGUAGAUGCUUUGAAUUCCAAUUGGAUCUAUGGUCAAUUCGCAUGUUCCAUCAAGCUUGCUUUCCAAAGCCUUUUACAGUCAUCCGACAAUGUGCAUUCCGUCAAAAGACAAUUUGCCUUAGAGUUUACAACUUUGGGAAGUGAGCACUUGUUCUUUCUGGGAAUCUGCGGGCCUUCUGCUUCCAAAUGACGAACGUCCGAUCAAUUGACGCUUGUUCUUUCCUCCGUCAGAAUGAGUGUGUUUUUCUGAAUUUCUAAGUGUCAAUCCUACCGAAGCCUUUCUUGAGCGUUAAUAAUCCUGCCUUUAUUUCACUGGGUCGAGCUACUAUUGCAAGCCAUAACCGGAUUGAUGGAUAGAUGAUUGCGAUCAAAAAAGUCGAGUUCCCACAAAUCCAACCGCAGCACCAACCGCAGAGACACCUGCCAUAAAGCACUCAACCACACACCCACACAGCCACACACACACGCAAAGCACCCAGCCAUAGAUUGUUUGUUUGGAAUCAAGUCAAGCUCAUACUCUAUUAGAAUACUAUACUAUACUAUACUAUACUAUAUCAAGAUGGUCAAAUUGAGCGACAUUGUACCAGAAGAAGUACGCGGCGUUCGGUUCUCCGUGGUGGAAGAAUUUGAGUUUGAAUGUUUCGACUACACGGAGGAAGAGCGCAACGAACUGUGGUACAACAUGGAGGAAAUGGUAGAACUGGCCAAAUACGAGAUGCAACUGUGCAAUGAGAACAACCGCAAAGAAGGUUGUACAUGGCGAGGACUGGAGCACAUGCAGACGGGAGAAGACGAACGUCAAGAACGAGUCGCCGAGUUGCUCGAUCGUGCGUUGGAUGCGUUUGAUGAGAUUUUCAUGGACGAGAUGAUGGACGAGGAUGAAAAGGCCGACUUGUUGCGGGAUGCCUGUCGUUCGUUGACACGAGAGGAUCGCAAGCGCGCGUACAAGUGGGGACUCCGAGAUGCAUCGAUUGCCGAUAAGAUUCAAGAAGAGUCCGACAAGAAACGACCCAUGAAGAAGAGCCAAAGCAAAGAGGGAGGAAGUCGCUCGUCGAAGGAUGGUCAGCGUUCCUCCAAGGACAGCACCCGUCGUGGUGGCAAGAGAAAGACAUCUUCUUCUACCCGAGACAAGCAGAGGCCCAGUCCAUCCACAAGCACUAGCUCACCAGCCGCGCAAUUGAGAAUGAACCCAAUUGCUGCCUAAACAACGCGGUUGGUUGCAGUUUUGUAUAGAACACUUGUACAGAUGGAAUGGAAGAUAUGGCAUGGCUUGCCAGAAUCAAAUCAAUUCCCACCCACCAGCCAAUAGCAGCACUAUUGCUUGUAUAAAUAGAUAGCAAAUAGAAGAAAAACACGCAAGUUACCAAGUU